AAGAAGAAGAAGAGGAAGAAGAGGUAGAAGAAGAAGAAAAACACAACUCUUUCCCGGUUGUCGGUCACCUCAAAAUGUCUACAAUGAAUUUACUGAGAGCAUACGUCAGUCAGCGACUGACUGUGGCUGCUGAAGAGAUCAUCGAGAUGUUUGAGAGAACAAUAACGGAGUACGAGGAGGAACUCGGUCGCCAACGCGGGCUGCUCGGAGCUGAGCAGCUGCCUGCUAGCAAGAAAACAUUUAACCACCAAAGAGGUGUGUCUCAGGAGUUUCCGUCUCUGACUGUCAAUGCAAAGGUUCCCCCUGAAUCGUCGGACUGCCCCAGCCUGGACUGGGAGGCCCCAGUGACCUGCAUUAAAAAGGAACCGGAGGAAGUCUGGGCCAGACAGGGGCUUCAAGUGCAAGAGGGGGCUGACUUCACAGAGUUCCAGUUCCCUCUUGUCUCUGUGAAGAGUGAAGAUGAUGAAGAGAAUCUUCAGUCCUCAGUGCUUCAUCAAAGACAAACUGUGGAGCACAGAGAAGCAGAUCCUCCAGCUGCCAGUCCCGCUCAGCAGACAGAAGCUGGGGUUGCCGGAGUAAACUGUGGAGGAUCAGAACCAACCUUUGACUUAGAUGUAGCUGGUUUUUUAAAAGCGACCAGCGAUGGUCAGUUUUUUCUUUCACAGUGUUUUAACACUGAUACUGAAGCUUUAGAUGAUGACUGGAACCAAAUGAUUGAAUCUAAGCCAUUUUCAGACACACUGAAAGACUUUAAACCCGUGUCUAAUAAGAGAUCUCAUAAUCAGAAAAGCCUUUAUAAAUGCCCAGUGUGUAGGAAAACAUUUAAGCAAAACACAGCUCUGCAGAGACACAUCACCUGUCAUACCGGGGAGAGGCCGUUUGACUGUACUGUGUGUGGAAAGACAUUUAGGCAAAAAGGAAGUUUGCAGAUACACAUGAGAAGACACACUGGAGAGAAACCUUUUAAUUGCUUACUGUGUGGUAAAAACUUCACCCAGAGCGGAACAUUAGCUGCUCACAUGAGAAUUCAUACUGGAGAGAAGCCUUUUAGCUGCUCAGUAUGUAAGAAAAGGUGCAAUGAAAGAGGGACACUGGCUAGACACAUGAGAGUCCACACUGGAGAAAAACCAUUUUCCUGCUCACUUUGUGGGAAAAGAUUUAGUGAAAAAGGAAAUCUUAAUAAACACAACAGAAUUCACACGGGAGAGAAACCAUUCACUUGCACUGUAUGUGACAAAAAAUUUAGUUUGCUGUCACACCACAAAAAACACAAGUGUCCCGGUAAGAAGAGCAGUGAAUCUGUAGAGCAGGCGCUUCAGCUCAAGUGUCAGAAAGUGACAGUGCAGUUAACCAGACACACAUUGUAAGUCAGUCAGGAAGAAGCUCUAAUCAGUGUUAGCUCUUUCCAGUUUUCCCUGUAGACCCAGUGGUUGCUAAGCAGAUUAGCGUCUUUUUUGAUUCAGAACUUUUACAUUGAAGAGUAAAUAAUCUUUGCAAUAAAAUGUAUCUUAUCAACUUCAUUGGGAGAAUCUAAAAACUGAAAUUGAUCAGUGAGAUUGAGGCACCCCCAGAGAAGAAGGUUUCAUUUGAACCAAAUGUCUUCAACAUUACUUUGCUGAAGUUGAAUCCAGGUAUUUUGCAAACUGGCACCAGGAACCAAAAUGGAACAUGCCAUUGUAAUCCAACUCCAAUGGUCUUGUUUGUCAUUGUACCCAGAGUCUGUUUAAUUUCUGUGUCCAGUUCACAGAUAAGUCAAGCAUACCUUUGCACAAAGACUGGGGGGCAGGGGAAAAUAGCCACAGCAUGACCAAAGAUUCCACUUCCAUCAACACUAAAAACUCUUAGAUACAGUAUGUAGAUGUGUUGAAAGCUUCUAACCAUCCUUGAUUAUCAACCAUCAAUUACUUCAUGGCAGACUGAACUAUUUUCCAUGUGGACUGAUGAAAACCAGUGUUAAGAUAUUGUGGACGGCCAAUGAGAAUAAACACUCAUGAGCUUAGUGAUGAUUAGGUGACACUUCUGUUUAUAAAACAAGCUUUUUGUGAAACCUGCAUGAAAAGUUUUGUUCUGGGUUGAGGUUUGUCUGUGACUGUUAGAGAGCUUAUGAUUGAUGGUUUCCACCCUGGGUGUUUGAAAUGGAGGGCAGAAUGAUGCAGAGCAGUGCAACUUGUAUCUGUUGUGUUGAAACCUUGUCUUGUUGGUAAAAUCUCAGUCUUGACAUGUUGGCUGUCAUGAGUUUAGUGUUCGGCGCCUGCUUUGCAGACUACACUGUAGUGUAGGCUAGCUGGGCACCAGAUGUGAGUAAUUUGCAUGUCAUAUUCAUAUCUAAGGUGUAAUCUAGAAAAACUGUAUUACUGUAUUACUAUUGACUAUUUAUACAAAUGAAAAAUAUAGAUCCGAAAAAGCAGGAACCACAAUCACAUGUGAAAACAGAGAAGUUGAGUGGGACACAAACACCCCCCAACCCACACUGCUCAGAGAGCUGGAACAAGCAGCUAAACUGUUCAUGUAUUUGGCAUCUUCACUUGGAUCAGGAUUUUUAAUGUUGGUUAGGAGGUUACCUCAUUGUAACAUGUUGCAAGUUUUCAUGAGUUACAUUUUUCUGUGUGAUCAAAUAAACACUGCUAACAA